GAACGGAGACAGAUUGAGACGCAGGGCUCCCAGUGUUCAGGCCACUGUCUGCAAGUGCAAGUGCCACAAUGGCGUCCAACUCGUCAGAUUUUGGCCACAAUAAGUACGCGACCAAGAAGACCAUCACACAGGGUCUUCUGGACAUCGCGCUGCUGACAGCCAACGUCAGCCAGCUGAAGUUCCUGCUGGAGGUGGGGGAAAGCCACCCGUACUACGUGCUCCUGCUCACCCUGCUCGCCGUGUCCUUAGCCCUGCAGUUGCUGAGAAGCUGCGUGAACGUGGUCCUGGGUGCACUGUACGACAUCGCCGAAGAGACCCAACAGAAGACAGCUGCAGUGCUCAACAACGUAGUGCUCGGCCUCGGGGUCGUCACCACUGUGGUCAAUGCAAUAAUAUCGGCCUUCGACAUGAGCGAGACCGUAGUUCCUCAGUGACGGUGCAGGAUUAUACUCGUAUUUCUAACUUCCCAGAGUGUGCUUACAGUGGAGGGGGGAGGGGCUAUGGCAUGCCAUUUCAGUUUUCAUCUAUUCUGUUGUAAAAGUGAAGUGGCCCAUACCAGACGUCGGUACUAGACGGCCAGGGGUCACAGUUACCCUGUGGACGGGACCCAAAGGCUUACAGGACAAUCAUGACAUUAAUUAGGCUUACCACAUUGUUCGAAUCUUGAAAACACUACAUAUCGCCUCAUAACUUCUCGGUUGCUACAGUGUGUAUGAAAUAUAAAGUUCUCCCAGUGAUUAAAAUUAAUAUUGUCAUGUUCUGAGUCAUGACAUCGUGUAGUCUGAUAACUAGGUACCUACAUUUCAGAGGAAAAUGGGAGCAACAUAUUCUCUGAAACGUCGGUACCUACCCACUAUAAAACACAGCGUUAUAACACAAAGCAACAUACAAUACGGUUUAAAUUGUCUGAAAAACGAGUAUUCGCUCAGAUUUAAUGAAAUUAGGAAGUAAACAAUUAUACUAUAUAUAUAUAUUUAAAUCGUCAAAGAAAGUUAUAAAUAAACUAAUUCAACAUA